GUUUUCUAAUGAUCUUGCUUCGCCAUGGCAACCAAUAUGGAGGUGCUGGCUCAGCAGGUAAUGGAGACUCAGCAGGUGGCUGAGGAAAUGCACCGUGGUAACAUAGUGUGAUGGUUGUAUCUUGCCACUGGAGAGAUCGCUUCAUCCCAAGAAUUUAUGAAGCUCUGUGAUUUCUUCCUAGCCGGUACAGACUAUUCAGAAUUCACUAUCUGAUUCUCCAGUGAUGACCAGCCCUUCCCAGCGUAUCCAGAUUAUUUCCACAGAUUCCUCUGUAGGCUCACCACAGCGCAUUCAGAUUGUGACCGAUCAGCAAACAGGUCAAAAAAUCCAGAUAGUGACAGCAGUGGACUCAUCUGUGUCUCCAAAGCAACAGUUUAUUUUAGCCAGUCCAGAUGGAACUGGUGCGGGAAAGGUGAUUUUGGCAGCACCUGAGACAUCUAAUGCCAAACAACUUAUCUUUACCACAGCAGACAACAUUGUGCCAGGCAGAAUUCAGAUAGUGACAGACUCUGCUUCGGUGGAACGUUUGCUGGGAAAAGCUGAUGUUCAGCGGGCCCAGGUAGUAGAAUAUUGCGUGGUCUGUGGUGAUAAAGCAUCAGGUCGUCACUAUGGUGCUGUCAGUUGUGAGGGAUGCAAGGGUUUCUUUAAAAGGAGUGUGAGGAAGAAUCUGACCUACAGUUGUCGUAGCAACCAAGACUGUAUCAUCAAUAAACACCAUCGGAAUCGCUGCCAGUUCUGUAGGCUUAAGAAAUGUCUAGAGAUGGGCAUGAAAAUGGAAUCGGUUCAAAGUGAAAGAAAGCCUUUUGAUGUGCAACGUGAAAAACCAACCAACUGUGCAGCUUCCACUGAAAAAAUAUAUAUUAGAAAAGACCUACGAAGCCCUCUAAUAGCAACUCCAACAUUUGUUGCAGAUAAAGAUGGGGCACGGUCUGCAGGUCUUCUUGAUCCAGGAAUGCUUGUGAAUAUUCAACAGCCUCUGAUCAGGGAUGAUGGUACCAUCCUCCUAGCUGCUGACUCUAAGGCUGAGACAAGCCAGGGUGCUUUAGGAACACUAGCAAAUGUUGUAACAUCUCUUGCUAAUCUCAGUGACUCACUAAAUAAUGGAGAUACUUCUGAAAUUCAACAAGAAGAGCAAUCCGCCAGUGAAAUUUCACGGGCAUUUGAUACUUUGGCCAAAGCACUCAAUACCACAGAUGGUACAGCAGCUCCUAACUUGGCAGAUGGAAUGGAUCCUACAGGAGGAGGGAAUAUUCACGUAAUUAGUAGAGAUCAGUCAACACCAAUUAUUGAAGUGGAAGGACCCUUACUUACAGAUACACAUGUUACGUUUAAGCUGACAAUGCCCAGUCCAAUGCCGGAGUAUCUUAACGUACACUACAUCUGUGAGUCAGCAUCACGGCUACUUUUCUUAUCUAUGCACUGGGCUAGAUCCAUACCUGCAUUUCAAGCACUUGGCCAGGAGUGUAAUACAGGCCUUGUGCGUGCCUGCUGGAAUGAGCUGUUUACCUUAGGCCUGGCACAGUGUGCGCAAGUGAUGAGUCUGUCAACUAUCCUAGCUGCUAUUGUCAACCAUCUUCAGAACAGCAUACAGGAAGAUAAGCUUUCUGGAGACAGAAUAAAGCAAGUCAUGGAACACAUCUGGAAACUUCAGGAGUUCUGUAACAGCAUGGCCAAGAUUGAUAUUGAUGGAUAUGAAUAUGCAUACCUUAAAGCUAUAGUCCUAUUUAGCCCCGAUCACCCUGGUCUGAACAGUUCAACCCAAAUAGAAAAAUUCCAGGAGAAGGCACAGAUGGAAUUGCAGGACUAUGUACAAAAAACCUAUCCAGAAGAUACUUAUAGGCUAGCCCGGAUUCUAGUUCGCCUGCCAGCACUUAGGCUGAUGAGCUCUAGCAUUACUGAGGAACUUUUUUUUACUGGUCUCAUUGGAAAUGUUCCAAUUGACAGCAUAAUCCCCUACAUUCUCAAAAUGGAAACAGCAGAAUACAAUGGUCAAAUAACUGGCACAUCCGCAUAGUGGGAACAACACAAUUUGGAGGAUCAAAGUAAUUUUCACAGAAACGUACAAUUAAGAAGUUAAAAGAAUAGCAUUUUGGUAUGUACAAACAUUUCCAACUUGUUACUGUUUCCUAUCGGAUUUCUCUUUGUCUGUUUGCUAACACUGACAAGAUUGAAGCAGCUAUUAAAAGAGCAGCUAUUGGACCUUUUCUGCCAUGAGGAGUAUUUCUGUGCCUUUCAUUCAAAAGGCUAUAGGUUACUGAACUUACUUUUCACGUGGUUUGUAUUUAGAAAUUAUCACUGGUUAAAAAUAGAGUUUUAUAAUAUCAGAGAUGAGUAAUAAGAUUACUUUAAAAGUAAAAAUGAACAGUAUAGGUAGAUUUAAAAAUAUCCUUGAAAUUAAUAUCUAAUAAUUGCUGGGGUAUAAUACUAGCACUUUGUAAGCACUUCUUAUCAAAGCGAUGAUAUCAACGUCCUGCUUAUGAGUAGGAAGGAUGAAAAAAUUGCAUAUGUCCUUAGUAAAAAUGCUAGUGAUUUCUGUGCUAAUGUAGAAUGCUACAGGAGACAAUCAUUCCACAAAAAGUCACUUGCUUCUAUGUUAUACAUUAAAUAAUAAUGUGGAUUCUUAGAUAUCCAUGUUAUAAGGAACUAUACUGUCAAAUUAGUGCAGUUGUUAUUAACAGCAUGAAUUGAUCAUAGUGACUGCUACAUACUACAGAAAUGACCAAAACUAGGAGGAAAAAAACGUUUCUACAGUAAUGGUGAAUUCUUCAGGUUCCUUAAAGUUUCUGUUCAGCUCAAAACUUAUGAUAAAUAUUAUCCCAAUAGGAAGCCUUUUGAUUGUGGAGAAUAAUCAGUCAUUAACUGGAAGAGCAGUUGUUUUCAAAUAGAGGUGCUCUUUUAAAAUGCUCUGUAUAUCUACAAAUUUGCUCCUUCUAUCUGUUCUCCUGCACACUCACUCAUCCAGAAAAACCUGGAAAACUGAGAACCUCUGGCUGUCCUCAACAAGAGUAUGUCAUAAAGCUCUCAUAAUUUUUUCUGCCCCCUUAUUAGACAAAGCACUCCCAGUUUUGCAGUGCUUUCAGCCACUUUAUGGCUCAAUUUGAAAAUGAAGUUGGGAUUUACAAUUUUAUGUACGAUUGCAGUUAAUGACUGAUACAGUGAUAAAAUGAACGACUUUUUAAUAACCUACAGUGAUGAACCAUCAACAUGCUUUCUUGUACUGGUCAUUACCUGCUAGUAUUGCUUUUAGUUUAGUAUAAAUUAUUAUUAUUGACAUUGAGUAUUUUAAACAAAGUGUUUUGUUUCUUAAAAAGAAAACAAAAAAAUCAUGGCGGUGAAGACCUUCAUCUGAUCCUGGCAUAUUAGAUGUAUCAAUUAGUUUAAUUAUUUGUAUAAUAGAGAUGUUCUCUAUUUGCAUAAUUUUGUGAAAAUAAUCUAAUGAGAAAUUCAGCACUUUUUUUUUUCUUCCACUACUGACACUUAUUUAGGAACAUCAACCAGGUUGGUGUUUGUGUCUUUUAAGUCUGAAUUGUAGCAAAGACCUGAAGCAGGUCUACAUAAAGCUUCUGAUGUAAUAAAAAGUUCUGACCUGGUAUACUUCUACAUUCUCAUUAGGAGACUCACAUUUGUACAACUCAUUAUGACAUGAGUGUUACGUGACUACAAAGGCUAUGUAGUUAUAGCUUCUGGAUGCAUUAAGGUCUUGUACAGUCACCACUGCUAGAACAUUCGUGUUCUCUAAAGCGUGUAACAAGAAGUCCAGUAUACAUGCAGAGAUCUGUAAUGUUUCACUUCUCUCAGUUUUGCUGUAUUGAAUGAAAUUGUACUUCUAUGUGGUGGAAGGCCUGCAUUCUGAACCUUAAGUCAACUGGAAUGCAAGACUUUGUAGUAGUUGUUGCACUGCAGUAUGACUUAGUGUGAUUAUGUCAGCACACCUGGUGCAGAGUCCCUGUUCUGAAGGUAUAAGAACUAAAAAUAGGAGCUUUAUCAACAACAGAAGUAGUACCUACCUUGGAAAACUUUGUGGCUGGUUUUGUUAAAAUUGUAAAUCUUACGGCAUUAUGUUACUGUUCUAAAAGUGGUAUGCACUCAACUUGUGAUGGUUUUCAUUGCAAAAAAAAAAUUUCAUUUUCUUCCAAUAUUUUGUAAAAAUCAUUUAGGCAACUAAGUAGGCAUUGUUAAAGAGAGAUGAAAUAUUCCUGAUCACAAAAGCUAGGAGUCAAAGGUUUGGCAUGAAUGAGCUACUGAAAGCAAUUGCUGCCAUACGAAACCAUAUUCUCCAGCAGAAAUAGGACUCCUUUACACUAAAUUUCAGGUGUUAUCUGGCAGCAAAGCUAUUUUAGUUCAUUCAAAGAAAUGUUUUUUCUUUCCUUUACCUGUCCACUAAUAUAAGGUAGAUGUUCUAAAGAUGCAGAACUGACAAAAAGAUUCUUUCUGCCAACAGUGAAGGUGUUCCUUGCUAGCAACUACAGGAGACACAGGAAAUAAAGAAAAUAGAGCAGAUACAAUCUUUGAAAUCCACGUUCAUCAUUUUUCACCUUAUGGAAAUUGAGUUUUCAGGCCAAUCUAACAUAAGAAGGCAGAACAGCAGGCAUGGUAAGCUGCAAGCUUAAGAGAAUUUUAAACUCACUACCUAGUUUGCAGUUAAGCUGCAUCAUAGAUUCUGAUCCCUUAUAAUCCACCUAUGUUACGUUAGGAAAAAAAUCAUUGGUACUGCAAAAAAAUACUACAAGGCUAAUAAUGUAGCUAGUGUCAUUACUGAGUUUGCAAGUGAGUGGAAAGCAGCCACUGACUAAUCUCAUUAACUUGUCUUUUAAAUGAGCUUCACUUUGUUUCUUUUUUGCAAGUGCAGCCUUUUGCUUGUGAAUAUAGAACAGGAUUUUUUUACAUUAUUGUAAAAUUCCUGAAAAAUGAUUUCUUGACUUCUAAGUAUGGAGAUAGUUUGUUUUCAUACAGGCCUAAUAAAGGCCAAAUUUGUGUUUACAGAACUAGACUCAAAAAGUGGUUCUAAGAAAAGUGUCAUCUCACUGAAGCUCUACUUAGUGCCUAAAAUAUACUCUUAAAAAUCUUCCAGGUCCUGUUUCUGCUGCUCGUGAAAUGAAAAUAGUAUGUGGUGGAAAAAUAGCAAUGAAGUAUCUGAUUAAAUGGAACAGAACUUGUUUUUGUGUAUAUAUUGGUAGUAAUUCAUUCAGAAAAUUGUUAGAAUUCUGUACUGACCAAAACUGGUACGUACAGGGAAUGAUAAUAAGGCAGUAAUGUCCAUGGUCUGUGCACUUUGCUUCCUAAUUCUUGAGAAGGAAUGGAUUUGGAUCUUGUAGAUGGAAAAAGAGCAAUGACAGAUGAUAGUGUAGAGUAUUUGGGGUUAGCUUUGAUAUAAUUAUUUUUAUUGCAUUUGUGAGAAAGACGAGAAGGUUUACUAAUUCUCAUAUAGAAUCAUAUGUUGGAUUAAUGAGAUGCAGGACAAGGCCACCUGCAAAAGUCACUCUUUUCUGCCUAUUUACACUUCUUAGAAAUGAAAUACAAUCCUUUUGGUGCAAGUGGAGAUAUUCUGUUGUGAAACAGGUUAAAAAAAAAUAAUAAUAAUCUCCAGGAAUUUUAAGUGGAUCCUUGGAAGCAUACAGUACUCUAUUUUAGCUGCCUUGAACUCAGUGAAUCACAGAAUUGUGGGGAGCUGCAAGGGGCCUCUGAAGAUCACAUAGUUCAACUCCCAGCUAAAGCAGGUUCCCCGGAGCAGAUUACAAAGUGUUAAUUAAGAAGGCUUAGAUUUCAUAGUACUCUGAGACAUGAAAGUAUUGUUUGUCUUUGUUGAUUACUUGGUAUCAUUUACAAAGGUUUUUGUUGUUUUUUUUAAAUCAUCAUUUUGAAGCACUUGGCCCUCAGGGCAGCAAUAAUAUAAAUAGCACUGACUCAAGGUUUCUGUACUGAAAGCAGCUGUCUCUUUAUGCCUUCAGCAGACAGCAUAUUCUGCAGUGUGAUUGGGAAAAUAAGCCAGGACCAAGACUUCCAGGUCAAACCAGUCUCCUGAGUUUAUCUUCUUUGCUAGAGACUAUAAGACACCUUAGCAUUUUCAGUGUUAUAUACAGGAUUUUUCACUGGUUUCUGAAUUUCAUUGAAGAUGGUGGAGAUACCAGUGUGUUUCUCCAGUCAUUAAAAUUCAGAGGUAGCCAGGAAAGAAGAACUUAGCAGGCUCAGAAUUCUACCAAAGAAGCAGUGAUCAAAGCUGCUUUCUGCAAUAACAGUACCGGUGAGGGAGACCUAUUUGAACUGGGUGAUGGGAGUAGUAGAACUGGCGGGUCAGUCUAACAUACGCUUCUAGCAAGUGUUUAACCAACUAAACUCUGUGAGUUAUGGUAGUAUAAUUGCCCGGUUCCACAGCAUUUAAGGUGCUUAUAAAGUGAAAAUGAAACUCAGUGUGUAGCCUAUAAACGAUGUGAGUGCCCAGCUAUCAGUUCUAUGAACACUGCUUAGUGGGGAGAGGACAGGUGCACCGGUAAAUACUUGUAAGAUCACAUUCCCCAGGAAAAAAAGAAUAUAUAUUGUUUUUCUAUAUGAAACCUUUUUUCUCUCCUUCACUUAUUCUGCAGAGCACAAAAACAGGGUAGGCUGGUUCUUUUCAACUCUGCUGUUGCCACGUAAGUGAAAGAGUAGAAAUAACAUGUGAAUGAGUUCCUGUCUGUCCCAGUUGUAUGGCAAGAGUGGCAAACAACAGAUGUGGUGACAGUUUGCCCUAAUGACAAACGUGGGCCUGUUGUGGCAGCAGCACAUAACAUCUUUAAACCCAAUACCUCAGUUCAUCCAGGUGGAAUUAGCAAUGUGCAGCCAUGUUCACCCCAGAGGAGAAAAAGGGUGGAGGAGGGUCAAAUUGUCAGCAUCUACUGCAUCUUGAGUGUCAGAAAAUAAUUUUUAAAAUGGUUUUGUAUGAAAAUUACUGAGAAGGCGUGGUAAAGGGGAGUGUAAGUGGAAAACGCUUCUCGCACUUUUUGGUUCUAAAAUUGCUGAGUUAUUUUAUCAGAAAGUCUCUUGAAUUAAACUCAGGCUUACUGUUUGCUCCAAUUAAAAUUAUCAACAUUGUAUGGGAAAUUGUGUGCAAAAACAUUGUGUAUACCAAAGAUGCAAGCUAGAGCAUUUAACUUUUAAGAAGGAUUUUACUUUAAGUCUAAAUAUUAGACUAGAAAAACAUCCAGCCCGAAAAUCACCUUAUUACAGAGUUGUUUUUUUGCAUGAAAUCCUGAGUUCAUCACAAAUAAUGUUAUGAUGUUCCAUAAUUCCCAUAGCCCUCUUUAUUUUCUGAGUUGCAUGAAUGCUUUGAAAAUAGGAAAAUGGCUUAUUCAUGCUGUUUCCCUCCCUUAAUUUUUUGAAGGAAUUUGAUGUUUUACAUAUCCUUCCUUUGUGCCUCCCACCAUUGUAUGUUUCUGCAUGUCCAAUACUAAAACUCAUUCAAACAGCUAAUGCCUAUGUACAUAGUGUACGUGUAUGAAUGUAUAUGUGUUUAUAAGUCUAAAUAUAUUAUGUACAGUGUAUAUAAAGUGUGUAGUGUAUGUAAAUAUGUACAUAUAUGUGGCCAAAUAUUCCUGAUGUUCUUUGUUAAAACUUUGCAUUUGUUUUCUAAUUCAGAGCUACUUAAUUUUCAUUUCUUAGUCCAGACUAAGUCUGGCUUAAAGCAGGUGAACACCCAUGAAUUUCAGAGCUUUGCCCCUUUUUCUAAUCCUGGCUUGAGUUUGGUAUUUUCUCUUCAAUACUCACAAAAACUCACAAAUUCAGUGAAGCUUCUAACUUUUUCAUUAUUCUCUUCACCUUCUCUCACUUGAUGGGUAAAGUGAGCCAGUAAAGAGUUGGUAGAACCUGAAAUAUCUGUGAAAAAUAAAUGUAUUAAAAAAAAAAAACACACACUACAGUCAUACUUCCAUAUUUUCAAUAUAUACUUACUUCUCAGAAGGCUGAAAGAAAAUGUUUCUUUGUAAAGUUUUAUUUCACAGUGAAACAUUGUAAGAGGGUUUUAAGUCUUCAGCUGUAGUUAAUUGAAAGAGAACGUUACCCUGCAUCAUUGAAUAGUAGCACUCAGAGCAGCAUGCAGCCAUGCCAUUUAAAAAUGUAAUAAUGAACUAAACGAAGUUUAUUACCAAAGCUGUUAUCUGUUUUCUAGUUCUAUCAUUUUCUGAAACUGCAGUCUGUGCAGAUCUUUGCAGUGUGUGUGAAGUGUCCAUCAAUAGUGGGAGCUGGGCACAGUGUUUGUGAAAUUGGACUUGAGCAAAGUCUGUUAUGCAUAGGGAAUGUUCAGAUAUAUAAAUUAGCAAAAUACAGGACAUUCUUGUUUUUCCCUUCUGAUGACUUGAAGGUACGUGUGUAAGCCUGUAGAAGUAAUCACAUUAAAUUUUUAAGGCAUUUUUACAGACUGUCUAGGGGAGUAGUUAAAGCAUGUCCUUUGUAUUAAAGGUGAAGUGGAAUUUUCUGGGCAUUUCCCUCAGACUCAAUGUUGUGAGGACUUGUGUGCAUUUAACUUUGAGCAGAUGGGCAGACACCAAUAAAAAUAGUGAAUUUCUUGCAUGCUUAAAGUAAAGCACAGGUCUUUCAGUCAGGCUGUAUGUGUAAAAUCUUCGCUAUGAAGAAUGCUAGGAAUGAUCUUGUUUCUUGCUAUAUUGUUUAGUAAGCAUUUGUUUGUAAACUCUUGUUUUAAAUAUAGAACUUGUAAAGCAUCCAUCUUUGAUGUUUCAAGUCCUAUUUGUGAGACCUUCAACAGGAAAAUUAUUUAAAUUAAUGGCAGGAAUUCCUGUGACAGAUGGUCCUUCAUUGGUGUCAUGACAAUCAGUGUGGUCUGUAUAAUGCUUCCUUUCCCCUUCAAAAGCUGAAUGAAAGCCUGAAUGUCUCUUGAUUAAUGUCACUGUAAAGUUUUAAAGAUUAGGAAAUGGACUGCUGAGGUAUUGAUGUGAACUGAAUCUACUUAAGCAUUCAAUCGUGAUUUUGUUUUAUAUACAUGCUUGAAUUGUGUUUAUUUCUGAAGAACAAAAUGUUCUCAAAUGUAAGUGGCAGUAAAGCAGAUGCUGUAGUAUUCUACAGGAACGUGUAAUUGGCUUUCUGUAUUUGAUCACAGAAGACAAAAGUCUAAGUAGCACAUGUUGCCAGGUAUCCAGCACUCCUGAACGACUGGCUUCUUGUACAUUUUUUUUAAUGAUCUUAGGUAAACAGUAAUAAAGCAUAGGUCCAUUUUAAGGUAUUUUCUACAACUGUAGAUUAAAAGCAGUUUAAUUCAUGAAUUAAAAGAAUAUCUUUGAGAAAAAAAACAUGCUGCUUACAUAGUAUAUGUUUCAUCAUAAAUGAAGUUAAGGUAAAAAUGUGGGAAUCUUCUUUAAUUAAUCUGUACUCCAAAACACAUUUGCAGCCGGUGUUCAAACAGUUCAUGUAAGUGAGAAACUGCACACUGUGUACAUGCUGUAUCCAUUUGGCCUAGCAGGCAGAACUGAGCUCCUACCAAAAUAGC